CUCGCAAUCGCGACUUCUGCUGCUGCGACUAAGAGCAGCAGUGGUGUUGAUGUUGGAAUGAAUAAAAUUAAAACCGAACAAACUGCAGAAGACGACACCGCAGUUGCUAACCUGCAGCUUUUCCAAGACUUACAAAAUCUCGCCUGGUCCUCCCCGUUGAAGUACCUCUAUCUCCAGGAGUACCAAAAGGACCGAAUCGCGACGCUUCUUGGAAGGAUGCAACGUUUUUCAACUGCUUCGUCGCCCACGGCCGCCACCAAGAUCGACCUGCCUUGGCAGGUGGUUCUCAACUGGCUGAAGUACGACGGCAUCAUCGCCGGGCUUUUCACGAUUCUCGGCAUUCUGGGCAGCAGCCGGCUUUUUGAAGCGAUGGUGGAUGUGUUCGAGCACGUGCAGAAAACAGUACGCAUUCUGGACGAAUUGAACGUGCAAAAGCCGUCAGAUUUGAUCCCCGCGAAAAAUUUGGCGGACUAGGAAACGCAAAAGCAUCGUACUAGUAGUAAACGCAUUACAAAUUUGCUCAGCAUGACAAAGGGAGUUUGUAAUGCUGUUUUACCUUGGGAUGAAAAUUUGUAUUGCAUAAACGCAAUUAGUAGAACGAGUGCGAUACUUUUGCAAUGCAUACGGACUUUGUGUUCGCGAUUCUGUACGCGGAUUACGAAUUUUUGCAAGAUGAAACGACCGGUGUGGACGUGGUACUAGCAGCGACCCCAGCAGCGACGCCAGCAACGACAAAAACCAAGAAAAAAACCACAGGCGCUGUCGUGAAGCAGCAAUACAAAGCCGAGAUCUCAACCUUCGUUACAAAAUUCAUCCGUGCGGAGGGGUUGGAUUUAACGAUUGCGAAGAAAAUUUUGCAGCGACUUUACCCAAAAUGGUUUCAGAACCAUUUCCAAGAAAUCGAGCAGGGCUUGAAAAUUCUCGACAAAUUUGUGUCGCCGAAACCUCUACCGAGGUUGAAAUUGGACAACUACUUUGCCGCGCCGACGCAUCAGCAACCUGGUUGUGCUACUGGAUCAACAUAUGCCGCGACAGGUGCAACGGGCUUUGUAAAAAACUAUGAAUCUUCAGGGGUAGCGGAGGUCGAGAGACUGUUGCCGACAGCGGCUAAGAUGUACGAGGCUGUAGCGUCGAUUGCGGAUAAAAACAAGCAAUCCCUACACAAUUCACCACCAGCGAGUUCUUGCUCUGCUAAACUUCACACCGCCAUCCUUGCCGCACCGUACUUUACCCGGGCGCAGCUCGCGUAUUUAGUUGAGAAUGGCUUCGCGAAAAAGCUUCAGUUGAAUAGCGAAGACACACACAAAUUGUCCUACAUCAUUCACUUAAAGCAAACCCUCACCACUAUCGUGGACGACAUCGGGGGUAACUCAUUGCUGCCGCAAACGCACGGGAUCGCGUUUUUGCUCGGAGACACCUUGGCGCGGAGUAAGACCAGUGAAAUACUUGCUCAUCCUAAUGACUUCAACUACGCGCAGAUGCAGAUGAAUCUUGGUGGUGCCGCGGCGCAGAAUACGAAUACCACAGCAACAGCACCGAACAACUUUAGUAAGACCACAACAGCUUCCAUAAAUUCGGACUCAGACGAAGACAGCGCAAGAGCCACGCUCUCUGCGAUGAAACUGCAGCAACAGCAGGAAUAUGGAUUGCAAAUAUGUCUGGGUCUGGAAGAAUACAAACUUGUGAUGCGCAUUUCAGAACACAGAAAAAUCUCUCAUGCAUAGGUAGCAAAAGCUGCCCACUUUCUGUGACCAAAAUUGGAGAUUUGUCAUGCGGAUUCGGCAUUGCGGAAGCUUCUCGAAACCUGUGAUGCUAGAGCUUCCAUACCAGACCUUGCGCGUCAUGCAAAAACAGCAUGACCACUCUUCCAGACCCAGACAUUUUUGCAUUUGAUAAAGAAGUCCAAGCGCUCCUUGGGACCUCACUACUUGGCCCUGCUGACAUGGCGGGGUUGUUGCGGGCGAUUCUCUCCGACGCAGAGAUUGGGCAUUUCGGGCAAAGGGCGUUGAAAUCACUCACCGAAUUACUAGAGAACCAGCCGAAGAUUUUCACAAGAGGGGUGUUUUACGAGCUGAGCGUCAACGGCAGUCAACGGAUUCUCGCGGGCUUGUUGAUGCGAUUGCUCGACGCGCCGCAGGAUUGCUUUCGAGUUGCGGAAAGCAGUGGUGGUCAACAUGGAGCAGGAGGAUUUGGAACAACAACGGCAGUGAACAACUACAACGGAACAUUGUUCCAUUCAGGAGACCACACAACAUCAACCACGAAAUCCACGAAUUCUUUUCAACGAAUUAUGUCCAAAAUUCUCCAAAUCGACUACAUUCCGAGACGGAUUGAUUUCAUGGCGGGGGGCAGGUACCAAAGACGGAGCUACUACGAGGCGAUUUACUAUGGAAGCGUCAGGAUCGAAAUCGUCAGAGUUGAAAUAAUUUGUCAUGCAUAAAAUGGAUGCCGCUCGAAAUCCAUUUUCCAAGUGGCGCAUGACAAAUUUGGGUGGAACCGAAAUCCAGUUUGUCAUGCUGUUUGGGUAAGGAAGACGCCUUUUGUCAUGCUACUUGAGCGCCUCAGUUUCUACCCCUCAACAUGCUUACAAUCUGCCUCACUUGCCUACUCUGCAAGACAGGCACUUUGUGGGCUGCAUUUUAUGCAUGGCAAAUCAUUUCAACUUUGACGAUUUCGAUCCUGACAGAUCCAUAUUUACGACCUUGCGACAAACUUGAUCGACGAAUCCGAUAUGCUGUGCAAAAGAAGUAUCGUACUCGUAUAAAUGCAUUACCAAUUUCCUCAGCAUGAGAAAUAAAAUUAAAAUUUGUCAUGUGGAUUUACCUCAGGAAAAAAAUUUGUAAUGCAUGACUGCAAUUACUACGAGUACGAGCACGAUACUUUUGCACAGGAUAUCCGAUGAGUACUUGCACGUGAAACAGUGGCUCACGGUGGCGAAGGGUUCUUCAUCUCGUGGCGUAGUAGUCGUACCCGGAGCAGAAGAACUUGCAGCUGUUGGACUUAAAAAUCAACGACCAAAGACGUCGGAGGUCUCGCAGCCAGCACCAGCACCAGCUCAGCAGCUCUCCACGCAGCAAAGCAAAUCGCUCAUUGCGACGACGAAAGAGUCCAUCGCGAGGGCGGACGAGCUGGGAUGCAAGUGGUUGAAGGAGAUUUUUACGAGAGCAGACAUCGCUGUUUUCGCCUCCGAGCAGCGCGACGCCGUCCUGCAGGCCUACUCCCUCGCCUUUAGCAAUUGCAGGAGAUUGAUCAAACUCGACAAGUCCCUGCUUUUCAAGCACACAUGGCUCAAAGACUUCUACUAUCCCGUGCAAAAGUAUCGUAGUCGUACUAAUGGCAAUCAUGCAUGACAAAUCUUGUUUCUUAGCGAAAUCAGCAUUACAAAUUCCAUUUUUCCUUCUGGAAAAAUUUGUAUUGCGAUUUAUACUAGUACGAUACUUUUGCAAUGCAUAUCUACGAACGGAACUACGAGGCUCUGGUGGUUUUCAUCACCGCGAAAAAUGUGUUGGAAAACGUGGAAACGGUUAGGCAGUGGCUUAUGGGAGUGUCAGAAUCGAAAACGACAAAGUCGAAAAAUUUGUAAUGCAUAAAAUGUAGGGCACGCAAGGCCUGUAUUGGGGAACAGGCAAAUGGGGCCGAUUGCAAGCCUGUUUAGGGCUAAGCAAUGUGCUGCCCGAGUAGCAUGACAGGAGCAGUCUUCUUUGCCCAAACAGCAUGAGAGACUGGAUUUGGGUGCUCCCGAAAUUUCUCAUGCGGCACUUGGAAACUGAGGCUCUAACUGGCAUCGAUUUUGUUUUGUCGAUUUCGAUUCUGACACUUCCAUAUGGCUCGUGACGCAAGUGACGUUGAAUAGGGGUGACGUUCUUGAGGCGGAUAAUUCUCGGAAGAGUGAAGAACCUCGCGGACGAGCAUUAACAGGACCACCCACGACACCGGCAUCGGCUUCAGCACUGCCAGCGGGAGCUUCCAGAGAGGAUAAGGAUCCGAAGGGACCAGCAGUACAGUCGGAAGGAGGUGGCUCUUUUGCAGCAAAGUGGUAUAAGCAGUUCUUCGAGUACGUUGACAACGCAAAAGCGGCGAUGGAGCAGCAUAACGCAUCAACGAGGACGACCACGAAAAACAGUUCGUCAAAUCUGGAAGCUUUGCUGUCACAAGCACCAUCCUCUUCCAAUAAAAUCGGCACCAGUGGUCUCCUGUGUCUGCUCUUCGAUAUCAUCCAUGUCACCUAUUUCUACGAGGAGGACAGAAUAGCCAUGCAGGCCGACCCACUGAGCUUUCUGUUGUACGGGUUUGAAAUUGGAAACGAAACAGCGAAGAAGAAGAACACGAACAAAAACUGCGAUCUGCAGCACUUUUCCCUGAUCACUGCCAUGGGUGUCAUUACCGAGGGGGCAGAGGGAAAGGAGAUGGAGAGCACCUUCGCGCGGUUGAUGCAAGAAUUCGGCUGUAAAAUUGUCCGGGCGGACACCGGAACCGCGCGGCACUUAGAGUACAACUCGUCGCAGAUUCAGAAAGCGAUUGUGGCGCACUUGCGGCAAGAAGAACGAGCGGGAGACGGGAAUAAUGUUAAUGCCACUGACACAGACACAUCAUCCGCUGCACUGUCGCUGAACGAGAACUACAGGAGCACGCCUGAUGAAGAACAUCAAUUACACGAAGACCACACAACACUACUAGAAAGCGGCAGCGAGAUCGAGCGUCAGACGCAGCUGAAACCGCUCCGAAACCGGAAGCACUGCUGGGCCUGGUUGGGUAUGCAUUGCAAAAGUAUCGUACUCGUAGUAAUCGCAGUCAUGCAUUACAAAUCUUUUUCUUAAGGGAAAUCCGCAUUACAAAUUUUAUUCGUCAUGCUGCGGGAAUUUUUCAUGCGAUUUAUACUAGUACGAUGCUUUUGCAUUUCAUAUUGGGAUACUCCCAGGGAAACGCGAAUUUUUGGAAGGCGGAGGCGGAAAUGAACUCCGGUACGCCGGAACAGCAGGAAUUACUGAAGACCCUCGUUUGCAGACACAGCUUAUACUCCGCGGCGAAUGGCACCCCACAGGCGACGAUUCUGGAGCAGCGGAUCAGCGAAUGCGCCGCGGAGUUGGAGUUGCUGCUGAAAAAUGUGCAAUUGCAUAUCACGAAUAAUUUGUCCAAAUUGUUGCUCUCUCUCAUGCAGACCGUUUUCGCGAGUCGCGCGUUCGUGUUUGCGAUUGGUGGUUUACACAGCUUGAACCACGUGGGAACGAUCAGGGGCUUGUGGCGACACGCAAUUAUGAAGGAGAACGUGCCGACGACGGCGGUCAGGGCGGUGUCCUGUGCGAACGACCUGCCGGAGUGCUUGGUGUUCAUCAGCAACCUGCUGUGGACAGGGGGGAAGAAUGUGCCCAGGGAUAAGCUGAAGAAGUGCAGCUCACUCCUGCUAGGGACUAGUUCAACAGGUGGCACAGCAACUGGUCGAGCUCAUGGAGGAAGUGCACUUGAUGUAACAGGAUCUCAGUACGACGACCGCUCCGCUCCUCCACACACUUCACCCCGAAAGAAAACCACAGGGAAAAUAAAUGCCGCAGCUGAGGUCUCGUCCUCGAGACCAUCUUGCGCCGGAACAAGAACGAACAAGACCACCGCAACAUCCUCUCGGUUUGUCACAGUGCGCGAAGACAACUCCUCUGGGGUCGAGGAUGCUGAGGAUUUUUCUUCUGCUGAAGAAACAUCGAACUACAUCAACCUGGGGAACAAGAACGUCAAUCACCCCUCUUCCUCUACCGGAGCAGGCCUUGUCUCCUCAAACGCAGUCAAGAUUCGCGACUCGAUCGCGAAACUGGUGAACAUCUAUCCUGUGCAAAAGCAUCGUACUCGUACUAAUUGCUUUCAUGCGUUACAAAUCUUUUUCUAAAGGCAAAUCCGCAUUACAAAUUCAAUUUGUAAUGCUGAGUCAAUUUGUAUUGCAAUUUAUACUAGUACGAUACUUUUGCAAUGCAUAACAUCCCGAAGGACCUGAAAUUUUCCAACCACGACAGCCAAGUCACGGCGUUCGAAGCAGAACCCUACCCAGUGUACUUGAUGUCAUCGAGCAGUAAGGUGGUAGAGCUGCAUCAGAACAACUAUCUUUCAGCAGGCGGAGCUGCAGGAGGAUCAUUUGCACAACAGCACGCAGCUUCGGCUUCCUCGUCCCCCACUCCGCAAACGGCUGGGAUGAAUGCUACAACUGCCAUCCCCCCUCCACCACCUACCGCUACCACUGACACCAACGCCCGCAUGCUGAAGCGACAGCGCAUGCGCAACAAGCUGCAGCGAGGCCACCACUGGAUGCCGUUAUCAGAGGCAGAAACGGGUUUUUUGAUGACGGACGCCGACCGGGUGCGGGGCGUGUACGACUCCAGUCGGGAUAAGCUGGUUUUUCCCUUUGUUUUGGUCAACUGCAGGUUCGGAAUCAUCCCCGACGCAAUGGUGGAGGAGGACGAGGAGGGGCUGUGAGGUGGUGUUCGGGUGAUGUGGAAAACGAAAAAGUAGGACGAAUGUUGUGAGCGGGGGUAGAUGAGGAAGAAAUUAUUGGUCGUCUGGUUCUGAACAUCGCGACAGUAGCAUUCUGGUGUAGUGGUCUGUUCUAAGAACCAUCUGAAAAAUCUAUUUUGACUUUAUCUUCCGAGCGCAUGCAGCAGAUAGUGCAGAGCUCAAAAAUUAUCUGCGUUCUUCAUGCAGUUACACUUACUUCAUGAAAGGCAUAGACAUAUCACUACAUUUACUACACACGGCGCGUCCGUCGACUCAUCGCGCAGGUGGCGCUAUGAAAGUGCGAUAAUAUUUCAAGGACGAACAACGUCAAAUUUUGCUUUUUUUUUGCACAACACGCAGACGUCGGCUGCUACAUGUAAAUGCGCUCCCACUAAACGUAAUACGAAUAUCAAUAUCUUGAAUUAUUGCCGCGGCCUCGACGUCAACAUGCCGCAGAGCUUGUGUUAGUAGAUACGAGAAUGCUGCUGCUCCUUCAGAAGAUGAUGAACUCGUGAAUACUCCGAAAUAUUUGCUGGAUGGAUGAAGAUACGAAAAUAAAUGAAACAAAGACAGAGACGCGUUGCGUCUUGUUGAUCUACUACUUAAUCAAGCACAAGCAUAGAGGAUAUAUUAGUUUUCAACGCGUCAUGAAGAUGAAUGAUGAACCAGCGCGCGGCAUAGAACCGCGCAGCUUGCUGGUUUUUUCCGUUUCAUGAGACGCACAAGAGGAACACCAGAACGGCUUCUGUU